GGUCUGCUUUUGCUGCUGCUGCUGCUGCUGCCAUCUGGGCAAGAGAGGCGUGCCUGGCUGCGAAGGAAUGUGACCCGCUGCGGCGUCUUCCCUCCUGUAAACAUUUCCUCAAGAAACUUUGAGCUGCUCGGAUCUCUUCUCCCUCCCGAGGGAAAGAUCUGCCAAGAGCCUCCCCACCCGGGAGGACGGCGUGAGGGGGAGAUAAAACGCCCCAAGCAAAGUAUGAUUCCGAUUUGCAGGAGAGCCUCCUUCUCCCUCGUCGUCUUCUGCAGCCUUGUUUUCCUGGGAUCAGGUAAGUUCAAGGGCAGUUCGGCUCUGUCUCGCGUCUAAUCCGAAACAGGAUAGUUCCAGCAGGUGGACCAGAUUAUAAAACCGCAGGCUGGGUGGGCGGACUGAGCGCGCAGCCAGAUCCUGAUGCUACUGACAUCCAAACCACGAGCAGAGGAGUCGAGCUCCUUCUCGCUGUUCCCUUUCGGCAGCCGGAGGCUUCCUUCUGUUUCGCUUCCUUGUCUUUUCCUCUGUUUCUGGGACAAUUCAGAGCAGGGAUGGACUGAGAGGCUCCUCCGUCUGUCCCAAGGGCGGAAGACCCGCCCGCUCCUGCCCCCGGGGGCUCUUCAGCAUCAGCUCAGGGGCAGCCCCAGGCAACCAGAAAGUGAGGGUGGCAGCCACGGAGCACUGGCAUGGCCAGAUUCAGAGGGGCGGUUGGGUAGCAGCAGCAGCAUGGGGAGUGGGGGGCGUUCCCAUGGACUUGGGUGGUCGUGGCGGGGAGAUGUGUUGCAAAAGCAAGAGGCAGCCCCGGGAGGAAGGGGCUGCCGCAGUGGGCAGGGUGGGAGGCUGAAACAGCAUGCCCAGCCAUGCAAAGGACCCCAGCUCUGGCAGAGGUAAAGGUAAAGUGACCCCUGACCAUUAGGUCCAGUCUUGGUCGACUCUGGGGUUGCGGCACUCAUCUCGCUUUAUUGGCCAAAAGGAGCCGGCGUCCAGCUUCCGGGUCAUGUGGCAGCAUGACUAAGCCACUUCUGGCGAACCAGAGCAGUGCAUGGAAACGCCGUUUAUCUUCCCGCCAGAGCGGUACCUAUUUAUCUACUUGCACUGGCGUGCUUUCGGACUGCUAGGUUGGCAGGAGUAGGGAUCAAGCAACGGGAGCUCACCCCGUCACAGGGAUUCAAACUGCGACCUUCUGAUCGGCAAGUCCUAGGCUCUGUGGUUUAAUCCGCAGCGCCACCCGCGUCUCUGGCAGAGAGGAAAGGGUUAAAACUGUCUCUGGUCAGAAACAUCUUCCCAGCCGGCCAAGUGGGGAAAGGGAAGCACAACCUGGACCCACACUGCUUGAAUGAGCCUAAAUGGGGUGCUUGCUGAGACAGCCGGGGGGGGGGGGAGGAGAAGCCAUUUGUGAGAGGAGUCAUGAUAGGGGCACCACCCCCCAAACCCACACCAGCUGUGAUUCCUUCCUGCAUUCCUGGGGUUUGGACUAGAUGACGCUUUGGGUCCCUUCGGACUCUACAAUGGUAUUAUUCUCUGAGAGCAGUGGAACAAGACCCAAGAAGGGUAUCCAGUAGAACGUCCCAUGCAAACGGCUUGGAUAAGAGACCAAAGGUUUGCAUGUAAUCUUUGGAUCCCUCACCAAGCACGGGGGGUGGGGACUUUGCCCUCAUCAGCCCAGCCAGGGCUCUCAGGCGGGACAAUGCGCAUUGCACAACUCCGUCCACAGCUCAGGGGCCUGGUGCAUGUGUGCAUGUUCAAGAAAGGCGGAAGGCGGCUGGUGCCUAACCUCAGUCGAAAGGUAGCAGGUGCUCAGAGAGCACAGGUGUCCUGGAAGAGCAAAGGCCAACCUCUCCGGGAGAUUUUCAAGCUGGGAGGAGGAAGCCAACCGAACACCCCUUCCACACCCCCAGCUUCUCCCAGGCCAAGAGGAAACACUCCCUCCUCCAAUGUAGGGCUGGGCGAUAUCUGGUUUUCAACAUCGCAAUAUAUCACCAGCUUAACCUUGCAAUAUAUUGAUAUAUCACAAUGUCUGAAAUAAGGGUGGAUCUAUGCAGAGUCAUUGGCUGGCUUCACAGUUUUCCCCACACUGUGAUUUUUUUUGCAUAGGACACAAACACUUUUGCACACAUCAUGAUUCGUGAUAUAUUCCCAGGUCAAAAACACGAAACCAGUAUCACAAUAUGGACUUCAAACCGGUUCUGGAUGAUAUAUUGAUACACUGGCCAACCCUAGUUCAGAGCAUUCAGCUGACCACCCACUGAAAGAAACGCAGGUCUCCAAGUGAGAGCUAGAGAAAGGAGGACGGCUUCCCCAGCCCCCCCCCCCCCAGGGAAAUCUCUUUGCUCUGGUGCACAAAGGAGGCAACCCUUACUGAGACCUUUCUGAACUUCCUUCCGGUUUUCCAACCAGUAGCCCAAGACUCCUGCUCUGGUCUCUGUGGGACACCUCGAAGCAGCUGCUCCUGCCACGCAACCUGCGAGUCCCUGGGAAGCUGCUGCCCCGACUACUGGGAAUUCUGCCUGAACGCCUCUCCCUACUCAGGAACCCUCCUUGGGGGGAAAGACUUUAGCCUCCUCAACGUGACCUUCAGCGGCUCUUCCACCGUGAUUUGCAGGUGAGCUGAGAUUUCCAGAAGGAUUGGUAGCUCACGACACAGGCACUUGGGCUUGUUCUUGGCCUGGGAUGCAUGUGUGCAUUAAUGCACACAUUAGUGGGUCCCCCUCUCCACUGCAUUUCGGGUUACAUUUUCACGCUGUUGGGGGAGGAUCUUUUCCGGAUUGCAUGAGCUGUUGGGUUUCCCUGGCCCUGCAAUCCCCCCUUCUCCAAACUCUUAUUUGCGAAGCCAACACCUGCCCAUGUGCCACAAGUCUACACACCUCAGAUGCUUGAGGCAAAGCAAAAAGACAAAAAAAAAAAACAAACCACACAUUGCCAACCCUCCACACACACACACACACACACACACACACACACACACCACUGCCUGGAGGAGAGCAGAGAGAAAAGGAGGCUGGAAAGGAGCAGGCCGUGUGGGGUGGGAGGCAUGGCAGAGGGGCACGGAGGAGGUGAGCAGCUCCCCAAACCCAGAUCUGUUGCCUGAGGCAACUGCCUCACCUCGCCUCAUGGGUGGGCCUGGCCUGCACCUCAGCUUACCUAACUACGAAGUUAAUGUGGCUUAAUAUUUCCAUUCAGAUGGAAGCUGGUUUGAGGGGGAAACACAGCACAGAGAAGUAUUUCUCAAGAAACCACGCAGGCAUAGGCAAACUCGGCCCUCCAGAUGUUUUGGGACUACAAUAUAAUAAUAAUAAUAAUAAAUUUUAUUUAUAUCCCGCCCUCCCCAGCCGAAGCCGGGCUCAGGGCUCCCAUCAUCCCUAGCUAACAGGACCAGUGGUCAGGGAUGGUGGGAAUUGUAGUCUCAAAACAUCUGGAGGGCCGAGUUUGCCUAUGCCUGAACUACAGGAUAGAGGCGGGCUGUGGCUAAUCCACUGUAUACCCAAUUCCCAAAAACCAGCAAGGUUGGAUGCAGAGCAAAUGCUCAGGUGCUCACAGCCAGGGAUUCUGCUUUCCAGGCAGACCUGCUCCUCCCAGGUUUGCAGCAGUGAGAAAGGGGAACGGCAUGAUGAAAACCAACAAGAGGGAGGGAAGAGUGCACAUCGCCUAGUGUUGCCAUGGAGAUCUGUGUGUGCUCCUGUUUGAAAUAGGGCAGGGCCCAAAUAGCUUCCCAGGGCUGGGAAAUCCCAGGUCCCAUCGCUGGAGCAUCUUUCAUUUCCCCCUACCUGAAACAACAGACUCUUUGUUCUGAUUUCAGUAAGGCUUUUGACAAAGUCCCCCAUGAUAGUCCUGCAGAUAAUACAAUGUGGGCUGAACAAGGUAACACUUAGGUGGAUAUGUAUCUGGCUGACUGACCAAACCCAGAGAGUACUCAUUAAUGGUUCCUCAUCACCAUGGGGAAAAGUGACAAGGGGGUGCUGUAGGUUUCUGUCCUGGGCCCAUUGUUGUUCAUCAUCUUUAUAAAUGACUGGGAUGAAGGAAUUGAGGGGCUGCUCAUCCAAUUUGCAGAUGACACCAAACUGGGAGGGGAAGCUAAUGAUGCAGAAGACAGAACCAGAAUUCAAUACGACAAUAAUGUUGAAUGGGUUUAGAUGAGUAGGAGAGGAUAUUUUAUUUAUUAUUCUUCCUCUUCUUACUUGUGUAAGAAUGCAAAUACUUAUUUCAGCAGAGCUAAUUUGCCAUCCGUGUGCAGCUUAUCUCUAGAAGCUUCUAGAGACAAUGUUGCACAAUGCGGCAUAAUUAUGAUAUCCAAGGGUGCUCGGGCAGAGUUUGAUUUAUUUCCCCCCUUCUGUGUUUCCCUCUUAACAAAGAAAUCGCUCUUAGGCUGUUUAAGUAAACAAGAAAAAUAUAAAUGUUUCCCCACAUCAGAAGACUUGGCAGGAUUCAGCAGAUGAAAAUUAGGCAGACAAGAAUCCUCAAAAUUUACAAAAGUCCAUAGCCUGGUUCAAAAUGCAGUGCACUCUCUGGACAAGAGAUAAAAAGAAAAGUAUCCUUUCUAUUGUUCCUCCUCCUGCCCCAAGUUUAAAAGAUACGUUUCUGACUCAUGCAUUUGUGAUCUGGCUGCAGAUCCUCCCACGCUUGAGAAACUGGAGAACUGGGCCAAAACUGACAACAUGAAUGGCAACAGGGACAAAUGUAAGGCUCCUCUACGGGAGAGAGGAUGAGACCCUGCAGAACUCCAGAGUAUAAAUGGUGGUGGGGUCAACCAGUGAUUUCCCCAGCACCAACUGACUUCUGGAAUUCGUCCUUCAGAUAGAGAUGGAACAACCAGUGUUAAAACUAGAUCCUGAAUCAGGUUGAAAUGGAUCUUGAUAAUGAGUCUCAUUCAGGAGACCCUGAAGUGGUCUAGUAACUCUCCACACAAACCCCUUCUUCCAGUCAACAGCCAUUGCACUCCCUUGGGUUCAUGGGCAGGAGUUUCCUUUAGGAAUGGUCUUGUAACUACUUCCUUCAAUGCAGCUGGGGACACCCGAGGUCAUCUGUCUGUCCUAAAGAGGCAGCUGCUACUCCUCCUCCUCCACUGGGAUCUCUUCCCCCAAAGAGUCUUUCCUACUAGCCAUCUCUUCUGGAAACCAAGGACUGCCAGACUGCAGCUGUAACCUGACACCUCAGCACUGAAUGUCAGCUUUCAAUGAGCAAACAAGUUAGACGUCUUUGGUGAAUCUCACCAAGUGCCGAUUGUUGUUCUUGCCUGUUAGGGUCAUACUGCACCGUGAACAUGUCCAGUUGCUUGCCGUCUUAAUCCCUUUUGGUUUUAUAAAACGAUUCCUUCCAGCUGGCCUUGGCAGGAGCCAAUCAUGCUGUGAAAUGCCGGAAGGAAACGGCGGAGGGAGAGCUGGGAGAGUGGCCCACUGACCGUCUACCUGGCCUGCAGGGCCAUCAAGGAAUUAAGUGGCUGAGGUGGUGGGAUUUGAACCCAGGGCCUCCAAGCCGACCCCUGCUCCGACUUUCCCCCUUCCUCCUUUGGGUCACAUGGUGGUUUCUCUUUGGCAUUGACAGGUUUGCAGGGUCAGUCGAGACCAGAGGCUACGUGGCUGGAGAUGGCCGAGUCCACUGCAUCUCCCCCUUGCUCUACCAGAUCGGGAUCCUGAAGCUGGAGAUUUCCAGCGAUGGCGGACGGACAUUUCCCUGGAUGGCAACCUGGGUGUCAGGUGACUUGUUUUCCAGUUUCCAGGUUCCUUGAUCUCCACAGAGCUCUGUCUCCAAGUACCUUGUCCUCUGCUUGCCUUUGCCUGUUUCCUCGAGGGAGAGGGCUGGGUGUUCCCAAAGCAACCGCCCUCAUUUCCAGCACUUGGGAAGGGAUUCUGCUGCGGCUGAAACUGUGUCACGAUGUAACGUGGGUGGCGAAGAUAAUGUUGGGCCUUGCUGCCUCUGCUGCUUCCUGCCUUGCAGAGCCGCUGUUUAGAAUAAGUCAUACGCAGCUCUGGGAGGGACUUGGCUGCCUGAGGAGGUCUGGGGCUUGCUAUGUCCCUCUUUGCUUUCAUGGCCUGCUCUUAAUGAAGAAUUUCAGGGAUGCUUCUUUGCAUGCCAUAAAUAGUGUUACAGGCCACCGCUAUGUUUGAGUGUUAAGACAUUCCUAGGAUUCUGAGCUUUACUGAGAGUUUGGUUUCCUUGGAAAGAGGUUCGGUAGAGAUUGUGGUGUCCUUAGGAUAUAUUAUUUAUUUACACAUACAUAUACAAGCUGAGCAUCAGAUGAAGCAUCUUGCAGCAUCAGCAGACCUUGCUUCUCCAUUAAUGGCAGCUUUGGACCCAGCACAGAGCAAGCAUGUCUCUGGGUUUCCAGCUUCCAGGCUCCUUCUAGCUCAGCUCCCACACAACACACUGACUUUAGGUCUUCUCCCUUGCAUCUAGGAGAGGGGGGUGGAGGAAAGGCCUGUGGCAAAAGAGAGAUGUCCAAGACAGUCUCUCCCACCCCCUCCAUUGCCAACUGCGACACAACAGUCCUGCAGUGCUGCUGCCACCCUCCCACUUACACCUGCAGCCCAGAUGAGAGGGAAUCUGGGAUGCACUAAAGCAAUUACUGUAUUUUUCGCUCCAUAAGACACACUUUUUUCCUCCUAAAAAGUAAGGGGAAAUGUCUGUGUGUCUUGUGGAGCAAAUGCGUGGUCCCUGGAGCCGAAUUGCCCAGGGGCAAAAAGCAGAUCAUGCUUUUUUUGGAAAGAGGGAAGUGGGUGUUGAAACAAAGCCGCUGAUCGUUUGCCGAUCAGGGAGAGAGAUAAGGGACGCUAGAGAUAAAGGAGGCUGCCUGGGAGGGGGGAGGUAAAGACAGCAAACUUGCGAGACUUCCGGGUUAGCGCCUCCGGCAAUGGCGGAAUUCCUCUGAUCGGGAGGAACCUGCUCCGUGGAAAUCAGGGUCUGGCUGCCACGGCGAAGGCGGAGACCCACCAAAAACCACAGGCGGGAGAAGCCUGUGGACGUGGGAUUCGGCUGGCACCUUUUGCGCCCCCCCCACUCGCGGGGAAACCCGGUUUCGGGGGUCCGGAGCGACGUGGGGUGAGUGGUGCGGUGCUUUGAAUCGACUGCUUUUUUUACGGAGUGAAGCCGCAUUGCCGUUGCCGGAGAGCGCUGACUUUUUCCUGUGGACAAUUGGAUUUUAAACAACUACCCGUGAGUAGAACGGAAAAUUGGACCUUUAAACAUCUUAAUUUGGCACCGAAACGGGAAGGUUUCAAACAGGAAGUCCGCCUUCCUCUUUUGUAAAUAGAUAGAGCAAAGACGCUGCAAGCUAAAGUCUUGGGGAGCCUUUUGCAAAGGACUAAAUUUUCAUCAGUUAAAAUUAUUAAACCCCCCUUGGAAGCAGGAGAAGAGGGGGGAAAUUUUAGAUUGCCUAAGCCUGCAGGAGAGAGAGUGAAGAAAGACAAAUCACCACCGUUUUGAACCUGGGAACGGGCUGUCAGUAAGUUUGACGUUUUGGGAAAGUCCAUUGACUGUGAAUAAAACGUAUGUUGACAGAUAGUUAAAUAAGAGAAAUAUAUUGUUUCCAUUGCUUCCUUUUGCACUUAAAAAGGAGCAAAAGUAACGGAAAGAUUGAAACUAACUUUGCUGCUGGAUCUGCGUUCAAAAGGACGGAUACAAAUAGAAAUUGUUUCCUCUAGAGGGAGCUUUUGAAACUGUUGCAGGAGUGGAGCUGGGGAAUUUUCCAGCUGCAGAGAUAAAAGACCGUGAGAAUCAGACAUUGACCUUGGACAAGAAUGUCGACAGAAGAAGCCUUAAUGACUGCAUUUUGCAAGACAAGUGCUUUAUUGGAACAGCUUCAUGAGAAGAUGGAUGUGAUGGCUAUUAAAAUUGAUAAUUUGGGACAAAAAAUGACUGAUCUGGGACAAGAAGUGAAUAUUUAUACAGAAACUACUCAGGAAUCGAUCCAGGAACCUACUUCGACAGGGCAAGUUGUGGAGAAGACGAGGGAGAAAGUUAUUCUAGAAUCUCAAGUAAUACAAGUGGAGAGAGCCUCAGUCUUACAGAGACAAUUUGAUGAAUAUAAGUUGUUGCCUUCUAUGUUUGAAUUUAGGGAAAGCCAAUUGAAACACGUCCUGAAAUAUCUUUUGGACUCUAGUUUUGAUUAUGGAGAAUGGGCUGACCAGUCGAGAAGGAAUAAAGACAUUGUUAGGUUGGAGCUUCCCCGAGAUCUACUCCUCAAUGUCAAAGGAAGGAAAUUAAGAAUAAGAUCAGCAGAAGACAAAGUAAAGUGUAUGUACAAAUAUGAAGAAGAUCUGCAGAAGGGACAUGGAAAAGAGUUAAGAGCCUUGGACAGAAGAUCACCAGGUUGAUGGACCAUAUGGAUUGAUAGAAAGGACUGGCAGAAUCCGAGACCAGGGAGAAGAGACAGUGGAAGAAGAUUGGAAAAAAAAGUUUUAAAAAUUUAUUUAUAGAAACGUUGUAAAAUUAAUGAGUGUUAGAAAAAUGUUGGAAUGAAAAUACACGGCUUUAGUAGAAAUGUUAUAAGGAGUUAAGUACAAAUAAGUUUCAGGGUAUUAAUGGUAAGAUAAGGUUAAAAUAAAUUAUGAUAAUUAUAUGAUAGAAAAUAGUGAAAGAUGGAAAGGAUUUGCUGAAACAAUUAAUAACUAGAACACAAAAAAGGGAGGUGUGAGGAGGUCGAUGAAACAAGUUAAUGAAAGACAAAGAUAUGGAAAUAUUGGAUGUGUUUUUAAUUGUUUUUGCUUUUGCUGUUGUUUUGAUGUAUUGUGUUUUUUGUUUUUUGUUUUUUAUGUAUAGUAUUGAUUUGUAUUGUUUAUUUUUUCUUUCUUUUUUUCCUUCUGUAAUCUUUAAACCUUUAAUAAAUAUUAUUAUUUUUUUAAAAAAAAGACAGCAAACUUGCAAAGGGGGGAAACAGGAAGACUAAAGCAAUAAGGAGAGAAAUUAGAAGAAAAGGCGGAGCAAAAAACUGCUCCAGCUAAGGAAAAGAUACUAAGGCAAACAAAAGGGAAGGGAGUGUUGAAAGGAAGCAGCUGAUCGGUGGGAUCGGGAGAGAGAUAAGGGAUGCUAGAGAUAAAGGAGGCUGCCUUGGAGGGGGCAGGUAAAAGCCCAUGGAUCCUAAGGAUUUUUGCACUGGGUCACCCAAAUUCACCAUCAGAUCACACAGCAUGUCCAUGGCUACAGCUGGUACCAAAGAAACCACCCACCCACUGUUGCAUGGGGCCACAAUGGCGCAAAAACGUGGUUACAAAGCACAGAUCCACAUACAUCCUCAGGAUUUUUGCAUUGGGUCACCCCAAAUUCACCAUCAGAUCACAUGUCUGUGGCCACAGCAUGAACCACAAAAAUCAUACAUCCACUGUUUCGUCCACUGGCACACUGGCCUGGAGGAACGGUGGGCAGAUCAGGGCCUUCCUCACAAGGCCCACCCUUUAGCCCAGAAGACCCAUCCCUUAGUUGUAGCUCCUGCAACCUGACUCAUUCUUCUGGGAUGCUGAGGAGGACACUUCCAUGGCCUGCAAAGGCCCUUGUCUUACAGAGAACCUAGUCUGACUGGUUUAGAACCCUCUUUUUCUAACCAUCGCUGAGUACAGGACCCCAAGAAUGGGGAAGGACUCAGGGCAUCAUCCCAACUGACACCCCCCAACCCACAACAUCAGCAUCAUUCAGCCAGUAAGAAACAAAAGCUCCCUUGCUCAAGGGCUGUGCAAAACUAGUGACUCACCAUUGCCACUUUUUGCUCCGUCAUGCAGUUCAUCAUGGCAAAGUGUCUCCUUCGGAAAAAAGCACGCUGGUGAAUGAAACCAAGUGGCAGUACUAUGGCACUCCUGGCACUGGGGGGAACCUGACGGUCACCUGGAACCAUCGGACACUUCAAGCCAGCCAUGUCAAUGUCGAAGUCUGGGGCUAUAACGAAACAGGUAAGGCUCUCCCUGUGUCCACGCGGGUCUUGUGAUGAGUGGGGUAUUGCAGAUAUUAAGCUUGUGCAGAAUGAAGCAGCUGGAUACAUAAAAACUGACCCUUUUUGGAAUAAAACGUUGUCCAGGCUCAUUUGUGAGGCCUCUUUCUUGCAGGAGACGGCUGUAUUUUCAGCUUCUGGGCUUCUGUGGGCAGCUGUUUUUGGCCACUUUUUGAGAAGUGCUGGGAGCAGGUGAAGCUGGUCCUUUGUCUCAUCUGAAAUAACAGGGGGGAGAUGGGGCUGAUUUCAUUCAUUCAUUCAGAACUGACAAGACAAUGUUUAACAUAGCAUAAUGAUAAUAUCAGUAAAACCUUCAAUGGCGCAUGGUGGGAUGUCUUAAGUCAUGCACGGCUCAGGACCUCAAUACCUUAAUGUCAGAUGGCUGUUGCGGUUGCUUGAGAGUAAGGUUGAGCUUGAAUCCUGAUAAGGCAGAAGCACUGUUUUUGGGGGACAGGGGGCGGGCAGGUGUGGGGGAUUCCCUGGUCCUGAAUGGGGCAACUAUGCCCCUGAAGGACCAGGUGUGCAGCCUGGGAAUCAUUUUGGACUCACAGCUGUCCAUGGAGGGGCAGGUCAAUUCUGUAUCCAGGGAAGCUGUCUACCAGCUCCACCUGGUACACAGGAUGAGACCCUCCCUGCCCACAGACUGUCUUGCCAGAGUGGUGCAUGCUCUGGUUAUCUCCCGCUUGAACUACUGCAAUGCGCUCUAUGUGGGGCUACCUUUGAAGGUGACCUGGAAACUGCAAUUAAUUCAGAAUGCGGCAGCUAAACUGGUGACUGGGAGUGGCCGCCGGAACCACAUAACACCAGUCCUGAGAGAUCUGCAUUGGCUCCCAGUAUGUUUCCGAGCACAAUUCAAAGUGUUGAUGCUGACCUUUAAAGCCCUAAACGGCCUCGGUCCUGUAUACCUGAAGGAGCGUCUCCAUCCCCAUCGUUCACCCUGGACACGGAGGUCCAGCGCCGAGGGCCUUCUGGCAGUUCCCUCAUUGCAAGAAGUGAGGUUACAGGGAACCAGGCAGAGGGCCUUCUCAGUGGUGGUGCCCACCCUGUGGAACACCCUCCCUUCAGAUGUGAAGGAAAUAAGCAGCUAUCCUAUCUAUAAAAGACAUCUGAAGGCAGCCCUGUUUAGGGAAGUUUUUAAUAUUUAAUGCUGUAUUGUUUUUAACACUCGAUUGGAAGCCGCCCAGAGUGGCUGGGGAAACUCAGCCAGAUGGGUGGGGUAUAAAUAAAUUAUUAUUAUUAUUAUUAUUAUUUAGUAACCAGGCAGGACUCUGCCUGUCUUUUACAGGCUUUAUUUUGGUGCAAACUAUUUACAGUGAAGAGCGUCAUAAGUUCAUGUCUGGCUCAAUCGCUAGCAGUACCCGGGAGUGGUCUUUUUUUUGUACCUCCCCCAACAUAAAAGUUUCAUUACCCCCAACUAUCUCUGCCCCUCCCUGUGCCUCAGACUACUGCGCAGGAUGGGUGAUGGCAAGGGGGUGCUUCUCCCCUCUCCAGCUUGCCCAGGAGUGGUGUUAAGGCUCCCACUAGCAUCCUCUGGUCCUUGCACCUCUUCCCCACGGGAGGUGGGGCGUUCCUCCUCCCCGGAAGAGGAACUGCUUCACAAGAUUUUCGGAGGCUCCCUGUAACACAACUGCCCUUCUGUUUCUCGCCUCUGAGCCGAUGGCAGUUCCCUGACACUUAAGGACUGCAUCUCCCCAUAUGAAGCAACCUAGACCCUGCGCUUGACACCCGAGACCCUUCUCUAUGUCCCCCCUCCCUGAGAGGUCCGGAGGAUGGCAACACAAGAACAGACCUUCUCUGUGGUGGCUCCCUGACUGUGGAAUGAUCUCCCAGAGAGGCUCGCCUGGUGCCAUCAUGACAUGUUUUGAGGAGCCAGGCAAAAACAUUCCUCUUUACUCAUGCCUUCAGACAUUAAAUUAUCUAUAGCUUGUUAAAUGUGUGGGGUGGAGGGGACUGUUAUUAUUCUAUUAGUAUGCUGUCUGUUAUUAUGCUCUGUAAAAUAUGUUCUUAACAUUGGACACCAUCCUGGGAUAUUUCAAUAAAGGGCGGUAUAUAAAAUGAAUAAAUAAUAAUUGAAUCCUAGAAUCGUAGCAUUGGAAGGGACUCCAAGAGCCAUCUAGUCUAACCCCCUGAAAUGCAGGAACUGCAACUAUGACAGAUGGCCAGCCAACCUCUGUCUACAAACCUCCAAGGCCAUCUGUCAUGGGUGCUUGAGUUGAGACUCCGGCAUUGCAGGGGGUUGGACUAGAUGACCUUUGGCGUCCCUUCCAACCCUAUGAUUCUAAGGAAGGAGAGCCCACCGCCUUCUGAGGGAGUUGAACAGCUCUUACCUUCAGAAAGCUUAUCCUAAUGCCAACUCUUCCUCCCUCCCCUGGUCAGGCGAGCCUUAUUCCAGCUCCUGGGUGGCAGAAUGGAAAUACCUUUACACCCUGAAGAGAAACCUGACCAACACGGGAGCCUUUACUUUCCUGCCGGUGCCCUCGGCUCAGUACUCUGCCUGGGAAGUGGGGGCUCUGAGGAUUUCCUCCGCUGCUUCUUCCGAUGGUCAGAGGUGAGUCACUGACCCCUGGGAGGGGUGUGUGUCCUCCCCCCAGCCGGACAGCAACCUCCGGGGGCUCACAUGAUGGGGAGGGUCUCGUUCUCCUAGGCACCCCAGUCUCCGAGUUGUGAGAGAGCUCAGGGGGGCUGCCAGCACAUGCCUUGGGUUGGGCUAGGAAGCAACUGUGGUUUCGUGGACACAGACGUGAGACGGAAGAGCUCACCUGCAGGCCUGCAAACCUUCUCUUUGUGGGAAUGUUGUGGGUAACAGGUGAAAUAAAUAAACUAAGGUUUUAUAUAUAUAAUAAAAGUUCAUAAAUGUACCAAGCAAACACGUGCAUAGAUAUGUGAACCACAUGUCCAAAGCAGCACAGGAGGGCAGCCCUGGAGGCAUUUUGGCUCCCAAACUGACCAAAUGUUUUCUCUGCAAGGUCAAAGGAAAAUGGAAAAGCCUCCCCAUUGUCUUUUCAUUCACAAAACCUGUCUUAAGGGUAUAUCUGUGUAUGAAUGGGGUGAGCCUGUGACCCGGCUCAGGAACUGGGUAUUUGUCACAACAAAAGCCUGGCCAGGCUCCCCAGGGUAAGCAUUAACAGGUAACCUGCCAGACAGGAGAUAAACAACAACAGGAGAUAAACAAGGCACUCAGAUUUCUGCUGUAGACUGCCCUUUCUGUGAUGUAUGUAUGAUGUAUGGAGGGGUGGUCUUGGACUCCAGGGCAGGGAAUUUAAAAUGUCUAUUUAAGGGCUGGCACACCUUUGUUCUGGGUCCUCCGUGUGAGGGGAGCACCCUGUUGCAACAGUUCAGUAAAGAUGAGGCUUACUAGCUGCUUUGCUUCCCAAUAUUCUCUGGUUUGCCUCUGUUAUUUUCUCCGACUGAUGGAGAACCUGCAGCGGACUCUAUAAGGGCUCUUGUGUCCCCCAUAAGGGAAUAAGGGCAGAUUUUCAUUUAUUAUACAGGAGAGGAUAUAUUGAUUAAUAUUAUCCCUCCUAACUCGCGCUAGCAAGUUUCUUCAUAUAGCAGAGUGCAUUCUCCUAUCACACAGCAGGAAGCUGGCUGCAGACUCCUUAGAAUCUCUUAAGUUCUGUUACUCCUGGCAAGACCCUUUUGAUCCCUCCUAAAAGAAUAAAGACACCACAGUCUUAUUCAUAAGUAACAAAAAGUAGUUACUCAUGAUCAAGCAGAGCACAGUGUGAUCCCUGAAGGCAGGCUCUAGGCUUAAAGUUGCAAACAUGUACAAACAGGUUUACCCCAUAUGGGCAGCCCUGUUUAGGGAAGUUUUCAAUGUCUGAUCUUUUACUGUGUUUUUAAUAUCCCGUUGGAAGCCACCCAGAGUGGCUGGGGAAACCCAGCCAGAUGGGCAGGGUAUAAAUAAUAAAUUACCGUAUUUUUUGCACCACAACACUCAUUUUUUUCCUCCUAGAAAGUAAGGGGAAAUGUCUGUGCGUGUUAUGGAGCGAAUGCCUGCGGGUGGCGGAGGGGAUCUGCUGCAGUCGUGAGCAGAGGAUCCAUGGUUCCCCUUCCUUCCCUCCUCCGUGGUUACAAAGCAUGGAUCCACAUGGAUCCUCAGGAUUUUUGCACUGGGCUACUCCAAACUCACUGUCAGAUCACAUGUCUGUGGCCACAGCAUGAACCACAAAAAUCAUAUAUCCACUAUUUCGUUUAGAAUAUUUUUUUUUCUUGUUUUCCUCCUCUAAAAACUACGUGCGUGUUAUGGUCUGGUGCAUGUUAUAGAGCGAAAAAUAUGGUAUUAUAAUAAUAUUAUUAUAACCUGGUACAGUCCAGGUGAAUCAGGAAGUUCGCUGGACGAAAAAGAAGAUUGAAGAGAGGAAGGUGGCUGUGUGACUUGGCCUUUUACCAGGUCUGGAAAGGUCACCCCCACCUCCUGGUCACAUGCAAAGGAAGGAUGCCCCAGCCAGGUGUAACAGGAAGUUCAAACUGGCUGGACCAACAUUCCCCUACAUGUCCACUCUAGACAAACAGGUAGUGUUGUGCUUGACUGCUCCAGCAGAUUACACCCCACACUCUUUCUCUUCUGCUCCCCUCCUCCAGCAACGUGGCGGCCAUUUGGAGCACGGAGCACGCCUUGGCCUGGCACCUGGGAGACGACUUCCGCAAGGACCCGGCCGCCUGGGCCACAGCCAAGUGCCGCCAGUGGGACGCCCUGGAGACAGGCCUGCCCAAUUUCCUAGACGAGAUCCCAGACUGCCCCUGCACUUUGGCACAGGCCCGGGCGGACGUGGGGCGAUUCCACGUAGGUCCUUUGUGUCUUGCCUGCAGUGCUGGGGUGGCAGGGUGGGGCAAAGAAAACAGCGCAGGCCUAGUGGUCACAGCAACUCUUCCCAGUAGGUCUUGCCCCAAUGAAGCAGUUGCAAGGACUGAAGGUCCCCGCCUUCCCACCGCUCUCUAAGACUCCUCCCUGGUUCCUUCCCCAGCAGCCUAAGACUCCUUCCUCUUGUCCAGGCAUAGGCAAACUCAGCCCUCCAGAUGUUUUGGGACUACAACUCCCACCAUCCCUAGCUAACAGGACCAGUGGUCAGGGAUGAUGGGAAUUGUAGUCUCAAAACAUCUGGUGGGCCAAGUUUGCCUAUGCCUGCCUUAGUUCCUUGAUCCUGGAUUCCACCCACUAGAGCAGGGGUCAGCAAACCUUUUCAGCAGGGGGCCAGUCCACUGUCCCUCAGACCUUGUGGGGGGCCGGACUAUAUUUUGGAAAGAAAAAAAAAAUGAACGAAUGCCGAUGCCCCACAAAUAACCCAGAGAUGCAUUUUAAAUAAAAGCACACAUUCUACUCCUGUAAAAACACACUGAUUCCUUGACCGUCUGUGGGCCAGAUUGAGAAGGCGAUUGGGCUGGAUCUGGCCCCCGGGCCUUAGUUUGCCUAUCCAUGUUCUGGAGUCUGCCUCUUGACCCCCCCCCCCGCUCUCUGCCACAGCCUCUCCCUGCUUAGUAAAACCUGUUGCCUCUUCAGCUUCCGACACUCCUCUUCCCAGUCUUCUCCCACUGACCAUCCCAGUCCCCUGGCUCUGAGCUUUCUUCCCCUGGGGGUUCCCCAGCUGGUGCCUCCCAAACUCCUCUGCAUCCAGAUUGUCCAUGGCAGACCCCAAGGUCAGCCCCUGGUGCUGGACUCUCCUUCCUUGGAAGUUUUAAAGCAGAGGUUGGAUGUGUCCUGCCUCAACGGCUGGAAGCAGCGAUGCUUCUGAAUCCCAGUGGCUGGAAACCCACAGACAGGGGUGUGGAGAGCUGCUCUUGUGCACGCAUCCUGCUUUUGGGUUUCCCAUAAUGGGCGUCUGGGUGGACGCUGUGAGGACAGGAUGCCGGACCAGAUGGGCCACCGGCCUCAGCCAGCAGAUGUUCUUAUGACUCUCCCACUUGUUGUGGUUAAUCCAGACAGCAAAAAAAGUGACCACAGAUCUGGGCCAGGGGAAUCCAGAACAGGCCAUAAAGACUCAUACCCACAAACACAACCACACACCCCAACCUUUGUGCAGAGGAACUGGGUGCUCUGGGAGUGAGGCUCAGGUGGGCUGGUGAUCUGUGCCUUGACAGGCAGCUUCCUGAACUGUCAAGGAAUUUCCCAGCAAAAGCCUCCAGAACCUUCUCAGCCACACCCAACCACAGGGUUCGUCUUCUCUCUCUCCACACAUGACGCAAGAGGACAUUUGUGCAAGAGAGGACUCCCCUCCCUGCUUAGAGGUCCUUCCUUGGGCAGCCUCUGCCUCAACACCUCCCUCCUCUUCCUCCAGCCUGUGAGUUGGGAUCCCUGCACUGAGGGUGGGUCUCUGUGAUGCCCAAACCUUAUGAUUCCCAGCCAGCUGUGAAACUGGCACCAGCCCACGUUGUGAAAGUUUAGCUGAUCUGCCUGCCCUUCAGAGAACAGGCUCAGCUGGUUCCCUACUUCCCUGGAGCUUUGGCUCAUCCCCAGCUAGGGAGCUGCCGCAGACUUCUUCCUUCCUUCCAGGAACCAGGUAUGGGGGAGCACCCUCCCCGGAAAGGUGCCAAGAAAACCUGGACGUCUCAUGGCACCCAGCACCCAGCUUCUGCAAUCAGGAUUUGGCCGUCCUCACUUGCCCUCUGGGGGCACCCAUAGCCUUUGGGGACACCCACUUGAAUGGGGCUGCCUUUGCAGACUGCUCAGAAACUUCAGCCACAAGGCACAGAUGUGUCCUGCCAGAACUUUUUGCCAGCUGCUUAAUCAUUUCCAGGCACAAGGCAAGCUCUGGAACCAGGUCAGGGGCUGCCUCCUCCCACAGCCACCCCAGUCCUCACCAGGGCACCUGUGGGAUACACAGCACCAAUUGAGCACUACACAAGGCUCCUUCCUGCACAGGCAUGAUUUCAUAGAGUUGGAAGGGACCCUGAGGGUCAUCUAGUCCAACCCCCUGCAAUGCAGAAAUCUCAACUAAAGCAUCCAUGACAGAUGUCCAUCUAACCUCUGCUUAAAUACCUCCAAGGAAGGAAAGUCCACAACUUUCUGAGGCUCUUACUUUCUGAAAGUUCUUCCUGAUAGUCAGAAUCGCCUUUCUUGUAACUUGAAUCCAUUAGUUUGAGUCGUAUCCUCCAGAACAGGAGAAAACAUGUGGCAGCCCUUCCUCCAUGUGGCAGCCCUUCAGGUCUUUGAAGAUGGCUAUCCUAUCUCUCCUGUCUCAUUUUAUAAGCUCCUUCAACCAUUCCUCAUACGGUUUGGUUUCCAGACCCUUGAUCACCUUGGUCACCCUCCUCUGCACAUGUUCCAGCUUGUCCAUAUCCUUCUUAAAUUGUGGCGCCCAGAACUGGACACAGUAUUCCAGGUGUGGUCUGACCAAGGUCUGCUUUGAGAACCACCUCUGAAGAUGACCAUUCUGGCAGAUAACUCAUGUCUUCUUUUAUGGCUUUCAUGACUUGGUUUUAAGUCACCUUGAGGCCCUUUUGCUAAAAGGUGCUACAAUAAUCUGCAGGUGGGGCUUAAGAGCGGGGGAGGGGGCACCCGUGUGUUGACCAGCCUCUCUCUGCUCUCUCCCUUCCAGACUGACUACGGGUGUGACAUCGAGAAGGGCAGCGUCUGCACCUACCACCAGGGGGCAGUGCACUGUGUCCGGGGGGUUCAGGCCAGGUAAGUCUCUCCAGGUGCGCUGCAGGCUGGGCUCACAGUGGCCAAGACCGGCCACCUUCUGUGGAAAGGGCUCUGAGCCCCUUCGCCUUCUCUUCCAGCCCACGAUACUCCUCAGGGCAGCAGUGCUGCUACAAUACUGCAGGGACCCAGGUCCUCACCGGAGACUCCGUCGGGGGAAGCACACCGGACCGAGGCCACGACUGGGGGGCUCCCCCUUACCAAAAGCCCCCCAGGGUCCCUGGCUUUUCCCACUGGAUUUAUGAUGUCAUCAGCUUCUACUACUGCUGCUUGUGGUCCAAUAACUGCCCCACUUACCUCAACCGCCGUCCCUCCAGUGGCUGCAGGAAGUACCGUCCCCCCAGAGUUGGUAUGUUCUCCUGACCUCACUCAGCCCUUCUUUGUAUCCAUAGCACAAGGAGAGAGAGAGAGGGAGGCAAAUCGAUGCCAAGCUGGGGGCACCCAAUUAAUUAGAUGGAGCUGUAUAUUUUUGCGAGGGAACUGGACAGUGAAAUGGGCUGGCUCCUGGGUGAUGCAGAUGCCAUUAUGCAGUUGAAUGCGCCCAUGUUCUCCAUUCAUUUCCCUCCCAUCCACCCACCUGCUUCUGCAAAGCCCCGGGCACUUGCAACCCCUGCUAUGCCACUGUGUAGGGCAAGGCUUAGGAGAGGACUAGGCUUGGCCAGAGAUGGUUCCCUGGCGGAGGACUUUCCUCAGGGCAAGUCUGGGCCCUCCUUCACCAGUGCAGUUUGGGUUCUGGGUUGGAGCCAAGGCCAACCAAUGGCAGCUCAUUUCUCUCCCCCCACUACCCCAGCCACUUAGAAAAGGGGGUAGGUGGCCCAUUUGGGUACAGGUGCCCAGAGAACCCCAUGCCAGCCCUGAAACUCAACAUGCUACAUUGGUCAGUCUCCGUUAUGGCGCUCUUAAUGCGUGUUCUCUGUCUUUGCAUUUGCUGAACAGCCUCAGCUUUUGGAGAUCCUCACUUUGUCACUUUUGACGGGACUAACUUCACCUUCAAAGGCCUUGGAGAAUAUACUGUGCUGGAAUCCAGCCUCACAUCCCUGAGCAUCCAAGGGAGAACCCACCGUGCCAAGUUGUCAAAUGGUGAGGUCUUCUGUCUCCUUUCCUGCGUUUCAGGGGGUUGGAAUAGAAGACCCUUUGAGUCUGUUCCAACUCUGCAAUAUUGUGAUUCCAAAUGCCAGAUUUUUGAAACUCUGCGUUCAAUUCAAGGCUUGAUUUUGGGGUUUCUAAAGCCCUAAAUCACCUGGGGACAUGCUAAGAAGCAUCUAUAGGUCCCACCCUGUAAAUUCAGAUAAAUUGGGGUAUGUGUUGCUCGAGGUCCCCUUUGCUGCUUCUGCGAGGAGCUCCAAGAAGGAUGCCUUUUCAGUGGUGGCCCCAGUAUUAUGACGCCCCUUCUCAAGUGGGAUCUAGCCACUCUGUUGGGCAUUUUACAUUUGGCAAGAGGGUUACAGAUGUUGCUGAACUCCCAUCUUCCAUCAUCUCUCACCAUUGGCCAUGCCAGCUGGGGCUGUUUGGAGCUGGAGCACAGCAACAUCGGGGUGUGAGUGUGUGGGUGUGGGUGUGUGCAGGUUUGACCCUCCUGCCUAUUUGGUUAAAGCUGCUAUUUUCUCCCAAACCUUCUGUGGUUCCAAAGCCCAUUGAUGUUUAAAUUCCACUGUUGCUUCUAUCGGUGUUUGGCUUUUCCUGUUUCCUAACCUGGAUAGAAGAUGAUUUGGGGGCCUUUUGGUCAGAAAAGUAGAGCAUAGAUUUAAAAAUGAAAUAAACAAGUCACUUUCUGUCUCUUGAGACUUGGUGCACCACACUGAUGUUUGCAAUUGCCUGGCAGGAACUGAGGCCAAGGUGACGGGCUUCUCUGCCGUUGCCAUGCAGGAGAAUCGCUCAGAUGUGGUUGAGAUACGUAUCCCGGAGCGCUCGGACGGGCUGGAGGUCCUGCUCAACCAGAAGGCACUCAACUUCUCUGAACAAACCUGGAUGGACCUGAAUGGUGAGACAUGGAGAGCAGGGCUGGCCAGGUUGGAUUUCAGAAGCCCUGCAAGUGAUUCCUUUCUGCUUAAGCACGGGGGCAAGACAUGUCUGCUCACCAGGGCCGUAGGUGGGAGCUGGAGUCCAUCAAAGUCUGGAGGGCCUCAGGUAAGCCCAUGGAUGUCUGCUGGAGAGCAGCUCUGGUAUCCUUCAUGAUAAUACUAAUGAGUUAAGAUAAGAAACCAAGGAGGAAAGAAUGGAAACCAAGCCUGAUGAGGAACGGUUGAAGGAGCUGGGUAUGUUGAGCCUGGAAAAGAGGAGACUGAGAAGAGAUUUGAGAGCCAUCUUCAAAUAUUUCAAGGGCUGCCACGUGGAAGAGGGAACAAGCUUCUCCUGCUCUGGAGGGCAGGACUUGAACUCAUGGCUUCAAAUGACCAGAAAUGAGAUUCUGACCAAACAUCAGGAAGCAUUUUCGGACAGUAAGAGCUGUUCAAUAGCGGAACCUCUCCUUCAGGAGGUUGUGGAGUCUCCUUCAUGGGAGGAUUUUAGGCAGAGGUUGGAUGGCCACCUGUCAGGGAUUCUUUAGCUGAGAUUCCUGCAUUUUAGGAGGUUGGACUAGAUGACCCUUGGGAUCCCUUCUAAGAUUCUUAUCAGUCACAAAAACCAAAGAACCAAGCAAAGCGGAUGAGCUGGUCCAGCAUCUUCAUUCCCACAAAGCCCACCCAGAUGCCUCCAGGAGAAGCUCACUGCCCCCUUCUUGGUUCCUCCUAGUUUCGUACAUUGGAUUCUUCCCUGAGGCUUUGAGGUGACUGCAACUUAAACUUCUGCAGAAUUUAAAUCUAAGGCCAAGAAGCCUUGCAACCCAAUAGGUGGUUGGCAUCUGUCUCAGAAGAAAUUGGAGGAGUGAACCUUUGGGGUGUGUGAAGUGAAACCGUUGGAAGGUUACAGCUCCUGCUGUGGUUGUGGAGACUGAUAUGGGAGAGACAUGUGUUGUUGCAGCUGGGGCAGAGGGAGGUGCCUGGUUGUGCUGCUGCGGAUGGACCACGGUGCUUCUUCUCUUGGUCAUCCCUCCUCUGGUCACUGCUGUGGAUACAUGACCUGUCUGUCUGUCUCCAGGCACUGGGGGCGUCUGCAGGAGUUGAUGGUUCCAGCCUUCAUGUCAUAUUUGCGGACACCUUGGUAAUGCAACCAAAUAAGUCUGUCAAUAUUAUGUAAAGCCAAGUUUGCUCCAAAACAAGCAAACUGCAGGAUAGAUCAAUUCAUGGAGGUGGAGAGAACUAUGGAGCUCUUCUCUGCCCACCACGGUCAGAGGCAGCGAUGCUUCUGAAUCUCAACUGCUGCAAACCGCUCUUGUGCUCGAAUCCUGCUUGCUGGUUUCCCAUAAUGGGCCCCUGGUUGGCCCUUGUGAGAACAGCAUGCUGGACUAGAUGGGCCACUGGGCUGAUCCAGGAGGCUGUUCUUAGGUUCUUAUGACCGGUGUCCCUCUUGGAUUCUGUGAAUCCUGAAGAGCAGAACUGAGUCAUGGAGGAGAAAACCAAAUUUUCUUCCCAACUGCCUCUCAACAAACUGUGGGAUGUGAAACACAAGAGCAGUCAAGUAUAACAUUCCUAGAGUGAACAUGUUUACACAUGGGGAGGAAUGUUUGUCCAGCCAGCAGGUAAACUUCCUGUUUCCUUCUGGGCUGGGACAGACUUCCUCCGCAUGUGACUAGAGAUGGGUGUGGCCUCACCUGUGCAGGUAACGACAAAAGCACAGGGCAGGGCAGCCAUCUCUCUAUUUUGACUACAUGCAUCGAAGAAGCAACAUCUGCUUAGCCAAAGAUGCUUCCAGCCAGGAGAGGACAAAGGGACUGUCUCCUUAUGAGAUAGUUUCCAGGUGUAUGUUACUUUUCAAAGCUAAGUCUGCCUUCUGGGAUCCAACUGUGAACAGAAUGUGAGUAAACUCUUUUUAUACUUUUAUAGAAGACUGUGUCGUGUCUUAUCUUUUAUGAGGGAAUAAGGGGAAAAUACCAUAACAGUUAGCGAGCCUGAGCAAACGAAGCCGCUGCAAGUUUAAAAAGGUGAAUGUUACUCUGCUAAAAUUGUGAACUUGCUAACACAAGUUGGAAAGGUUAUAAUCAAACCAUAUAUCCUCUCCUGAAUCCCUGAACAUUCCCACACAAACCGGUACGUGGUGCUGCAUGGAAUAUGGAGUCAUGAAUGCAAACAUUUGCAAACAUUCCCGCUGGAUUUGUUUGCAGCCCCUGCUGUGCUGUGCAGAUGCCCCAUAAUAUUAAUACUUACACUUGCCUGGUUUCUCUAUUUCCCUGGCAGGUCUCUUUCUCUCCACUGCACCUGGGCUGAAUGUCACUGCCAUGUUCUCCUCGGGAGUCGGAGUUGAAGUGAGGAGGGCGGGGAGGAUGCUGAGCCUGACUGUUUUGCUGCCCGCAAAGUUCCUGAACCACACGCAGGGGCUCUUUGGGGUCAUGAAUGGCAACCCCCGGGACGACUUGACCCUCCGCAAUGGGACCAUCCUAGAUGCCAACAGAUGCACCCCAGAAGAGCUAUUUGCAUUUGGCGCAGACUGUAAGUGAGCGCUCAGCUUCUCCCAAAGAAAGGAGCAGAGAGAGAGGAGCCGGUCUGGCCCUUGGCUAGGAAAAGAUCUUAGUAGACCACAAGCUUCACAUGAGUCAAAAGCUGAUGCUAUUCUGGGCUACAUCCACAGAAGCCUAGUGUCCAGCUCAAGGGAAGUAAUAGUACCACUCUGUUCUGCCUUGGUCAGACCUCACCUGUAAUACUGUGUCCAGUUCUGGGCACUGCAAUUUAAGAAGGAUGUUGACAAGCUGGAAGGUGUGCAGAGGAGGGCAACUAGGAUGAUCAAGGGUCCAGAAGCCAAGUCUUAUGAGAUGUGGUUGAAGAGGCUGGGUAUGUUUAGCCUGGAAAAGAGGAGACCCAGAGGUGAUGCGAUAGUCAUCUUCAAAUAUCUUGAGGAUUGUCACAUGGAGGAUGGCGCAAGCUUGUUUUCUCCUGCUCCAGAGUGUAGGACCUCUGACAGUGGCCUCCAGGUGAAUGGCAGGUCUCCCACGCCCUCACCUGGCUGGUACGAUGGAGGGACUUAAAAUGUGCCCUUUUUGGUGAGUUUCAAAAUGUCCCCUUAGAAAGUUUAUCUCCAAAGUUUCCCUCUUCCCCUAGCAUAGGAAAAGACAACAUAUCUGGUAAGUUAAAAAUAGUUUACUUACAAAUUUUCCAAAGGUCAGUUUCACAUGCUCUUCAGAUGAAGUGUGGUAUGGAAAUUUAAUUAAAAAUAUAAAAUAAAAUGUGCUUUUCCAUAUAGCAGUCAGAAGAAAAAGACUUGCAGGCAGUGAAAUGUAGCUUAGUUACAAAGAGGCAAAAAAAAGUUCCUAAAUUACAGGUAUUGGAAAACGUUAGUUUCAGACUCCAUUCUUGUCUGGAACAAAAUAGGCUGGUUAAAGCCAUGCAGCUGAGCUGGAGCAACUCACACCUCCUCACACACUGAAAUUCACUGAAGUAGACAGAUGGAAUAAAGGCUUGGUUACCUAUUUCCUCCUAAGGUAAGGGGAAGUGACAUGGGCAAAACCUAGAAGGACAGCUUACUCUAUGGCAUUAACCCCUUCAUGCACUAAAUAGACUUAAACAUGCUGGUUAGGUGCUACAAGAGGUUGGUCUGGUUCAAGGGAAUGACAGCGCUCCCCAUUCCUCUUUGCAGGGGCCGUCAAGAACGAAACCUCCCUCUUCACCUACGACAGCCAGUUCCUGCUGCAGACCUUCUUCUAUGGGCCAAAGCAUGACCCCUCUUUCCUGCCUGUCUUCCGGGCCCCCGAAGAUCCCACCGAUCCCCUCACUCAGGAAGCGGCCCAACUCUGCCAGUCGGACCCUUUCUGCAGGUUUGAUGCUCUGACGACAAGAGACCUCGCGGUGGGGAACAGCACCAGGUGGUCCCACCGGAUCUACAAGCACCUAGAGGAGAGCCUGCAGCCGGGUGAGUCAAGGGCAAGCUCAGCCGGGGAAGGGGGGAUCCGAUGGAGGGUCACAGGGAAAGGAAUUGCCAGGUGCCUGAACGGGACCGGGGAAGGGAGCACCACUUUCCCCCUCUUAUUCCUCUCUCUUUCUGCUACCCCUGACUCCCCAGGGGGCCUAUUUCACCUCACCCUUUGGCCACCGCCCACCCCUCUUUUCAUGCCCCAUUCCUCAGAUCUUGCAAAUCCAGCUGCUUUCUUGGGGAGAGCUUGAGAAGGGGGCUUUGAAUGGUUGGGAGCAAGCAAGUUCACAGGCAGAGAGGAAAUUGAAAUCCUACUCAAUUUUGAUCCAUAGCAGAGCUCCGUUGUACAGUUAGCAGAGCAAAAACUUAAACAUGUUGCAGGAUUCCCAGAAAAUAGACCAGAGCCAACUGAAUUUCAUAUUCAGAGAUAACCCAGGCUCCUUCUAGUCUUACUUUUAUAGUCAGCAUGACCUUGACUGAAAGAGAGAACAGGACCAGUUUAAUCCAGCUGUACUCAGCUUCUCUGAAGGAAUAACCCAAACAUCAGGAACCUUCUGCUUGUUUCUUUCACACAGAGAAACUUCCCAUGCCCCCUUGAACUAAUUAGAAUAGGAAAGUUCUCUACACAUCAGAAAUGAUAAGAAAUGCAAACGGACAGUCUCUUUGGGGAGGGGGCUAGCAGGGUUCACGCAUCCCCUCCUCCCCCCAUUCCACUGUGGAGAAGCAGAUCAGGCAGGGAGCCUGGAGGGAGAGACCCCCAGGCCGGAGGAUGCUCUGCCAAGCCCACCCUGGCAGGCAGCCACUCUUCCUGGGGAGCCUGUGAAGUUGAGCAGCGGCAGAGGCAGGGUCUGGCCCUGGUCUCUGCCCCCCCCCAGGCCAUUCUCCUCCCAGCGUGGUUUCCCAUGCCAUGAAGAUGCACACUUGCAUGGCCCUAAAGACACCGCUUUUGUCUCCCCCAGUGGUUUCUUGUGGCUGGCUGGCUCCCCCCUCCAACGGCACAAAGAAUGGAACCAGCUACUUAGAAGGAUCCACCAUCCGCUUCGACUGCAGUCCUGGGUUCAGCCUUGAGGGAUCAGCAGCCAGGACGUGCCAGGAGGACGGGCUCUGGUCAGGCAGCACCACCAAGUGCCAGCUGAAUGCAGGUAGGCGAUCCCUUCAGCCCCAUUCCUAUGGGGUGCUUUGCAUCCACACGCUGUGGCCCUGCACCAGCAGAAGUCUAAAUCUCUCCCCACCCCCCACCAAAGAGACACUUUUACUUUGCAUUUGGGGCGUGAAGGAAGUCUGCUUGCUACAAGUGCUUUGGAAACCCAUGAAAAAUAUAGCAGGGCGGUUUUCUUCUAAUGCAGGCAUGUCCAAAGUCCGUUUCAGGGGCCUAAUCCGGCCCUCCGGUCGGUUUAAUCCGGCCCCUGUGGCAGUUUAUCUCCUGGGUAAAAUCCUACAAAAAAGCUCAACUUCAAUUCUUAAAAAAGGUCAACAACGCAUAUUCAGUUCAUCAAAUCUGGCCCUCUUUGAACAAAGUUUGGGCACCCUGUUCUAAUGCAUCUCCCUGGCUUGGGAAGGGAGAACGGCAGGCAGCUGUGGUGCUUGCUGGGACCUGACAACCCUCCCGCCAGGCCUACAGAACUAAAUUGUAGGACUUCAGAGCUGGAAGGGGCCCUCCCAAAGGCCAUCCAAUCCAGCCCCAUGCAAUGCAAUGCAGGAAUUGCAGCUGAAGAAUCCCUGGCGGGGGCCACCCAACCUCUGCUUCAAAACCUCCCGUGAAUGAGAGCCUGCCGCUUUCCGAGGGAGCCUGUCCCCCUGUCAAACAGCUCGGAGGAAGCCAAGGGUCCUUCUGCUCCAGGGCAGGUCUUUGCUCUGCUUGCCAAGUUGCUUCCUCCUUAGCUCAAAAGUGGCUCAAAGGCUCACGCAGGGAGGUGGCGGCUGCCCUCUGGAGGCCAUGGGGAUGAAUGGCUCCCUGCAGAAGCCUCUUUGCAGCUUUGUGGACCUCCCUGCCUCCCUCCCCAACCAGAGGAGGCUCAAGGCUUCCUCCCUGUUUCCAACACCACCCCCUGCACAAUUAUGCAGAUGCUAUAAUUUCCGAAGAGAAGGAAGCCCAAGGUUGUGUCAAUGGCUCUUUCCAGUUAAUGCUACCCCUGAUUUGAGAUGCAGCGAAACUCGACUUUGUGUGUGUGUGUGUGUGUGUGUGUGUGUGUGUGUGUGUGUGUUGGCCUAGAACCCCCACCAGACCCAGCCAGCCUGUCCAAUGGUCAGAGGCCAGGGCAGCUGGCCACAUACACUCCCAAUGUGUUUGGCCUGGGCAGAAGUGUCCAUGCACCGGGCAUGUCUCUCAUGAGGACAACCCCAGUGCAUUUUGGGUAGUGUGGCCAAGUGCCAUUUUCUAAUCUAGUGCCUGAGAGAGCCCCCCAUCCCCCAAUGCUUGCUUGUGUCAGUCCAUUUGCUUGAGCAGGGACCCUACAAACGGGGCUUACUGGGUGGAGACCUCCUUCCUGGGUGACUUCUGUUUGUAAAGAAGAGCAUGAUGUUUAUUUCACACUCGGCACCCACUGGCCUCUGUGCUCUCUUCAAGGGCAGCCCCUGCCUCUCCCUCUGACCCCCUGCUCCACUAAUACAAAAGGGGGGGCACUGUGGUUUAAAAGGUGGCAAGGACCCAGGGAGUCUCCCCUGAAGAGCUCUUCAGGCCCCCUGCCACCCCCAGCUCCCAAAUGCAAUAAGCAACCACAGCAAGGCGGCCUUUGGGGCUUGGUUACCUGCAGGGAGGGCAAUCUCACCCGACAUUGCAUCCCUGGACUGACCCUGGCUUUGUCUCCCCCCACUUCUGCAGGGAGCAGGACACUUCCCUGGGGGUCCACGAUUGGCAUCCUGGGCUUCCUGAGCUUGACAGCCACCCGCUGGACCAUCUAGCCUCAUUGGAGCAUAGAAGACCCGCAGAGGCAGCCACAAAGCUGCCUUUCUGGCCUUUGGCUUGCAAUGGAAUAAACCUGCAGAUUUUUGCUGUUGUUUGUCACAAAAUAUAUCCAUGUGCAAUUGGACUCCAGGGAUGGGAACAUCACGGAGGGGCCGAUGGGUGGCCACCUCUGUCUCCCAGGACACUUCCUCUCUGACCUCAUGGCCACUUCUACACCAAGGGAGCAAAAUGGGUGGACAAGAGCCCAAGGGGGAAGGCGGCACUGGGGUUCCGUGGUG